AUAAUAUUGGAGACUUUUGUUAAUUUUUGUAAUGUGGGGGGGUGGUAGGUGGCUGGAAAGCGCGUCCAAGCUUGAGAAGAGAGAAAAUCCGGCGUGAAAGUCUACACGUCGACGAGAAGAGGAAGCACAGGAAGAGGAUGCUGUGCGCGAAAAUUAUAACGGUAUGUCUAAUUUUUAAGAGCUUUCGCUCUCUUCUCUCUGACAGGCAGCUGCUUCGAAUCGGUUCGGCAAGGACGAACCGGUAAUGGCGGUACGAACCGGGUACUGACCAGAAUCUGGCAAGAAUUUGGCACCAAAAAAUUAGACCAACAAAGAAUCCAACUAUAAAUAGUUUAGUUAAAAUACAAAAAUGGUCGCCAAAUGAGAGAAUUUUGUGAGAGGGAUUUUUACUCGCGCUGGUAGGUGGGAUUUUUACUCUUCGGACAUCUUCGUGUCCUGAAAAGCCCGUGGUGAAAGCGUGGUGAAAAGCCGAACGCCCGCGCGGGCCAAGGCUGGGCACCGCUGUUUCAAAGGAGGCAUCGAUGAAACAUCUGAGUCCUGAGUCGGUCCUGUGAACACAACGCGGCGAUACAACGGGAAAAUCGGGAUAACUCGCGCCGGAGUGUGGGGCGCAAGGUGCCCAAUGUAGAGGAAAAUUGCAAGUGAAAACGCAGGCUGGCCGUUUGAAUGUGAAAUGUGCGAGUGUUGCUGCCACUUUGAGGUGCAGGAACUGGAUUUUCAUCUCGACCACCAAUUCGAGGGAACAGGAAAAUCGGCAACGAUAUUUGGCCACGUGUUAUAGGCAUAUUCCGGUUGGAAAUCAACGUUUAUUAUGCAAAUUUACGCAACAACAGAGACUUAGAGGCCCAGCAUCCAAUCUCCAAAAAAACACAAAAAAGGAAAACUCUUAAACUGGAAGCGCUCCUUUCUGAAUUCUUCGCUUAUUUUUUGUAUUUUUUGUUGCCGCUGCACACAGACAACGAGAAAUUUGUCAUCACACUCGCAGCAUAGAACAAAGGCAGCCGUGGAAAGCGACGGGAAAAAGAUAAAUAAGAGAGGAAGAACGAGUGGGAGUGGGCGCACACAAAAAAAAAGGGGGAGGGAGUGAGCCCCAAUUCCCCCCAUCCCCCAUACGUCCGUCUCGCUUGCGCGCACGUGUCGGGGCGCAUAAGCUUCGCACUUGACUUGAACAUUAAACGCGUACUCUGUAGCCCCCCUCUCCACUGCUCCAGUGCUCCACUGCUCCACUGCUUUUUUAACCCAUGGAUAUCCAGGCGGCCUGGCUGAUACGACUUCUGGCAGCAUCCCAGCAGCACCCUUACCGGACCCGGCCGCAGCGACUGCGAGUUGGCAUUUAUAUGUUGCCCAUCAUGCUGUGAAAUCCGCUUCGCUCCUUUCUCCAUUCCGCUUUUGCAAUUUUUGACAGCUGUCAGCGUGUUCCGUCGCGGGUGUAGGUAUUGGUAUUGGUAUUGGUGUGUGUGUGUGCGUGUGCGUGAGCGUGAGGUGCUAGCACAGUUAUUUCCACUUGGCGGCAAGGUCAGCACGACAUGCAAAUUGAAAAGCGCCGCAAAAAACAAAACCCACAGAAGAAGCCAAGGCAAAGCCAAAAGCAACAGCAUCCACAAACGGUGAAAGCAACUACAACAACAACAACAACAAAAACAACAACUGAAGUCCGAAGCCGCUGGCGCUGCGAAAAUGUUUGAGAAAUAUGUCGCCACAUAUGUGCGCGCGUGUGAGCAAGUGAAAUUAAAAUUCCCGCAUGCCUAAUGAAUUUGCCGUCCCUCUUCCACGACCACAACGACCGCUACCGCUAUGUGUGUGCCCCGGGUGUGUAUGUGUGUGUAUUCUCUGACUUCGGAAUGACAACCCCAACAACAACAACAACAACAAAAACAAAAACAACAGGACAGCAGCUUUAACUAAAACAAUGGUUUGCUAAGCUGUUUGAGUGAGUGAAAAAAAGGAGUGCAAAAAAGAGAGCCACAAAAGAUAUAUAUAGAGGGAGAGAUACAUAGAGGAGCGUAAGCGAAAGUGAAAACUUGCAUCGAAACAUCCUAUCAAGAAAGUGGCAAGAGGGGAGAGACCGGCGAACCAGCAACAAUAAUCGGGGGCAUGUCCACAGCCAAAAGGCUGGUGCUCUCGCUACGUGGACGCAAAAAUUCGCAAGGCAACUCGGCGACCUCCUCCACCCGGCUGGUAUCCGCCGGCACCUCGCCCGGCCAUGAGCUGGACGAAAUAGCCGUGGUCUCCGGCACCGGAUCCAGUAGCCAUCAUUUCUCCUAUGGCGGCUGCAUCGCCGCUGGGGAUGCGCCAUUGCCGCGCUACUCAACAGUUGCCACGCCCACACUGAAGCGUGAGGCGGCCAUAGAUGGCGAUGCAAAUGGAGACGGACAUGGAGAUGUCGACAUCGAAAUCGAUUCUGGGGCAGAUGAUGAUGACGAUGAUAUACGAUGGCUGAGGGAGCAGAAGGUUCCAAAUCCGACACAUGACUGGCCACAAACCAAAACAGCAGCAGCAGCAACGAAAGCAACAGCAAUACGUCAAAGCAACAAUAACAAUUGCAACAGCAAUUAUAAAAGCAACAGUAACAGCAACAGAAACACCCACAAUUUAGCCCCACGGGCCAGCUUCCCGGAGAUCAUGCAGCCACGGCUCUCCCUCAACGGGCUCCUCAACCCCUCGCUGAUGCCCUCGCCCCGACCCCUGUACCGGGAUCACAGCUCGAGGUCGAUCAACCCGCUGACCGCAUAUGAGCAGCAGAUGGCCGAGCUGGACGGCAGCUUCUAUGCCAGCAAUGCGGGCUACCUGGGCGCCGGAAUGGGCGGCAGUGCCGGCGGUGGGACAACCUGUACAAAUCUUACAGUGGGAGGUGGCGGGGCGGCGACAUCGGUUGGUGGUGGCAGUGGUGGUCCUGCCCUGGGUGGCGGUCCUUCUAGUGGUGGUGGUGGUGCAUCAGCCAUACACACAACCGAACUCUCGAUCACACCCACAAUGGCCAGCGAUGAGCAGUUUAUCGAUCUGGGGAGCCUGAGGCGCUUCUCGAUCGAUCGCCAGAGCUUUCUCGAUCUAGGACCAAAGUUUGGCAUGACCCAGCCGAAAUUCGGCCAGAGCGUCUCGCAACAAGGUUUCUUCACUUCGCAUGACAGCCUGGCCACACCAUGCGCCUCCCGAGCCUCCAACUCGCACAUGGCCACCGUAAGCACUGCCUCCGAAAUGGAUCUUCUGCACAACAAGCAACGCAACAUGUCCCGCGGUCGCCUGAAAACGACGACCAGCGGAGAUCAGCCGCUCUUGGGCACCUGGAAUCGUUCCACGGGUCGCUCCACGGGCUCCCAGGAUAACACUCUGGCCGGUGGCGGUGGCGGAGGUGCCACCAGCCUGCCCAUGGGUGGACAUGCCCAGUAUGGCGGCAACUACUGCAACGGCACAGAUCGCUACCCGCGCUCAAGAUCGCAACACCACAACGCCGCCCAGCAGCCGCACCACCCCUACCAGCUGCAGCACUCGGCCUCCACGGUAUCGCACCACCCGCACGCUCACGGCCCGCCCUCCCAAGGGGGACCCGGUGGUCCGGGGCCGCCCCACGGAGGGCAUCCCCAGCAUCCGCACCACGGGGGAGCGGGAAGCGGGGGCGGUAGUGGGACGGGGCCGCAUGGUCAGCCGCACCACCAGAAACCACAUCGCACGGCCUCGCAGCGGAUUAGAGCGGCAACGGCGGCGCGAAAACUCCACUUUGUGUUCGAUCCGGCGGGACGACUGUGCUACUACUGGAGCAUGGUCGUCUCCAUGGCCUUUCUGUACAACUUCUGGGUGAUAAUUUACCGCUUCGCCUUCCAGGAGAUCAACCGGCGCACGAUCGCGAUCUGGUUCUGCCUGGACUACCUAUCUGACUUCUUAUAUCUGAUCGAUAUAUUUUUUCACUUCCGCACCGGCUAUCUGGAGGACGGGGUGCUUCAGACGGACGCACUGAAGCUGCGCACCCAUUACAUGAACUCGACGAUCUUCUACAUCGACUGCCUGUGCCUGCUGCCGCUGGACUUCCUCUACCUGUCCAUCGGCUUCAACUCGAUCCUGCGCAGCUUCCGGCUGGUGAAGAUCUACCGCUUCUGGGCCUUCAUGGACCGGACCGAGCGCCACACCAACUACCCCAAUCUGUUCCGGAGCACGGCCCUGAUCCAUUACCUGCUUGUGAUAUUCCACUGGAACGGCUGUCUCUACCACAUCAUCCACAAGAACAAUGGCUUCGGAUCGCGCAACUGGGUCUACCACGACUCGGAGUCGGCGGACGUCGUCAAGCAGUAUCUGCAGAGCUAUUACUGGUGUACCCUGGCUCUGACCACCAUCGGGGAUCUGCCCAAGCCGCGCUCCAAGGGCGAGUAUGUCUUCGUUAUUCUGCAGCUGCUCUUCGGUCUGAUGCUCUUUGCCACGGUUCUGGGGCAUGUGGCCAAUAUUGUGACGUCAGUGAGUGCAGCACGCAAGGAGUUUCAAGCCAAACUGGAUGGCGUGAAGACGUACAUGCGGAUGCGACGUGUGCCGAAUCAUCUGCAGGUGAAGGUCAUCAAAUGGUUCGAUUACCUGUGGCUCACGCAAAAAUGCUCGGACGAGGAGCGCGCCGUGUCCUGUCUUCCUGAUAAAUUAAAGGCUGAAAUAGCAAUUAACGUCCAUUUAGAUACACUUAAGCGGGUGGAGAUUUUCCAAAAUACUGAGGCCGGUUUCCUCUGCGAGCUGGUCCUGCGCCUGAGACCCGUGCUCUUCUCGCCCGGCGACUACAUCUGCAGAAAGGGCGAGGUGGGGAAGGAGAUGUACAUUGUGAAUCGAGGACGAUUGCAGGUGGUGGCCGACAACGGAAAGACGGUGAUGGCCUCCCUGAAGGCCGGUUCCUAUUUUGGCGAGAUUAGUAUACUCAAUAUGGGCACCGCAGGUAAAGAACUUGGCAACCGACGCACUGCCAGCGUUCGCUCCGUGGGCUACAGCGACCUCUUCGUCCUCAGCAAGAAGGACAUGUGGGACGUGCUGAAGGAGUAUCCGGCGGCGCGUGUUCGUCUGGAGUCGAUAGCCGUCAAGCGAUUGGAGAAGUACAAGAAGGCCCCCCUGGAGAAAGUAAAAUACUUUAAUGUAGUUGCCAUGGGCCGCUGCCAAUCGACGCCGGGCCUAGUCGAGAGCUGUGGCCGCACCUCUCUCGAGGAGAUGUGGCUGCCACCGGCCACGUUGCACCACCACCAGCAGCCACUCCAGCCGCUGCAGCAGCAACAGCACCAGGCGGCCCAGCCGACACACCUGCCCCAUCGGCAAGAGUCCACGCAACAGUCCUCUCAGCAGCAUGGCUACAGUCCCCGAAGCUACGCGGAUCGCCUAGCCCGCGCCACCGACUCCCCGAGAUCGGUGAGCCCCAGUGCCCAUGGGUCUGAGGAGAGACCACGCAGUCGAGCCACCUCGCACCACUCGAUACGACCCCAAUCACAGCCCAGUCACACAGGUCACAUUUGCGACUCCAGUUCACAGCUUGAGUGCUACGGCGCCGGAGUGGGUGGAGCCGGUGGAGGAACCACGCCCCUUCUGGGCUCACACGAGGCUCUCGAGGAUGAGAUCAAGCGGCUAAGGGAGCGGCUGCACACAGUGGAAUCGGAGAACCAGGCACUGAACACGAAGCUAUCGCAACAGCAAUGGGACCUAGAGAACCGGCUGGCCGAGAUCGAGAUGCAGAUCUGCGGCGUGUCCUCCACGUCGAGCGUGGACCCGGAGAACGAGACGGAGGAGCUGGAGCGGAACCGAGAGAGUAUCAUAUAACACGGGAGCGUGCUGCCCCAUCAGGCGAUCGGUAUGGCGUACAUAUCAUGUUCCUCAUGACUCCACGAUCAUCAUAAUCGAUCAUCUGACAACUGAACUGCAUCCGAUCUGGCGACCUGGCGAUAACCAUACCGCAUUCAGCAUCCUGCAACCUGAAUCCUGAAUCUCACAUCCCUUCUCAGUCGCCACCUUCUCUGUCUUGCCUGUUGCUCGUACAUGUUUGUGUUUCUCGCUCUCGUCCUCGCCCCACACUCUCACCCACAGUGUUUCGUAUUUACAUCUGUAUGUGUGUGUGUUCUUGUGUGUAUGUGUGUGUCAUGCAUGCAUCCUUAAUUGCCUUACAAUAACAAUAAACAAAGAAAAAAUAAGCAUAAAAACGAAAUAAAAAAUAUAUACCAGGAGCAGCAGCAGCUACACAGCAGCAGGAGGAUCGGGAUCGAGAUCGUGAUCGGACGGAGAAUGGGGAGGAUCAGGAGGAUCUGGCGGAUCAGGCGGCUGAGGCGGGGACACAGAUCUGUGCCAAAUACUGCUCGCUUUAGACACAAACACCGAGAGAUGUGAGAGAGCUAUGAGUUACGAGGGGGAGGAGAGGGCGCCAGGCAUCCCCAAAGAUGUGCAAUUAAAAUCUCUUAUGAUCAUGCGACACCACAAAAUGUUAAAUUUAAAAUAUAAAAAAUACAAAUGGCACUGCCAAUAGCAAAAAGUCUGCGCCUCGGCCGGACUACUUUGUAAAUACGAGAAGAAAACUCUGAUCAAAAAUACGCUAAAUAAUUGUAUUUAAGAGUUUUUCGCGGGAGAUCGGAAGAGCUUUAAUAGACAUUCCGAAGUAACUUUUUCAGAAACCAGUCUCAACUUCUUAGCCAGUCUCUCAUACUACCACACUUUUGCCACACAUACUACGAAAAUCGGAAAUAGAUUGAGGAUUAUAGGGACAUCAUUAGGCCUAGGCGCUCUUUGCUUCUUUUUAAUGGUUACUAAACCGAACCGAAACGGGUACCCGAAUUCCCCAUUGUAAAUACCUUCGAUCUAGGACUCAACUUAGCAUUAGCAUCGAGCAUUGGCAGCGGCGUAUAGCCUGUCAAUACUAGUAUAGAUCAUCAAAAAAAUAACUAACAUAAAGAUUACUUUAACUCAUGUGUGUAACAAAUGAAUACGUCAUAUAUCUAUUGUAAUAUUUGCUAAUUGUAAUUCGUGAAAUAAAUGAAAAUUUACUAGAUGUGUAUAUGGGAAACGAUUUACUUUAAAACUGAAAAUAAUGCAUAAACAAUUUAUGGACAACUAAGUGAAUAUUUGCAAAAUAUUUGUACUAUUGGAAAAGAACUGCCAGAGCAUACACCACACACUCGAAAAUAAAUUAAAUAAAAAACUAUAUAAUAUUAUAAACGAAAAACUCAAAGAUCAAGCUAAAAACAUUACACUAUUAAUAAAAUCAAUAUAAACGAGUAGAUCUCUCGAAAAGAAAAUACACUUUUAAUGCAAUACUAUAUUGUACUACUGUCGUAAAUGAUAUAUCUACAUUAUACAUGAUAUGAUAAUGAAAAAUUUAAAGGUCUAAAUGUAUUUAAAUUUAGUUAGUCGCCCAAACAAAACUCUAAAAACCAAUGCUGAAGAUCGUAGUUGAGACAAAACACAUAAUACAUUGUAUCUUAGGAAAUCGAGGGUUCUGUAGCAGAACACAGGACGCAGUUCAGGACUCCCCAUAAUAUGGGGGCUGCGAUGAGACGAAUGAAUUAAUUUAGAUAUAAUUCUAGUUAUACCUAGUUAUACCAUUAGAUGUGUACCAGAGAAGACCAAAAAAGAUCGAAUCGCGGUCGUAUAAGCAAAUUGUUCAGUGUCAACUCCCAAAAAAACAAAACAAAAGAAAAAACACAAAAAAAAUGUGAAGAAAAUAUUAGAAACCCAGAAGUGAGUUGAUAAGGAAAUCUAAUAAUUAUAUAGCUAACUCAAAUAAGAUUCUUAACUGUAGAGAAUGAGCCAGGAUACGUUUGAGUAUCUGCCAGGAGAACGGAAACUGGAACGAAACUCAUUUCAUGCCAAAAAUGAUAGGCCAAAAUAAUGAAACUUUGACUCGAAUUUUGUUAAGAUUUUUCUUAGAUUUUUCGUCGACAAAGUAUUAAAUUAAUUUCUAUUUCCAAGUCAGCGAAUAGAAGGAUUAUUCCUUUUUCAUGUUUUUCAACCUAAUUACAUUUCGGAUUAUCAUAUAACGGAUUAAAAAUUAAUUAAUAAUUACAAUAAACAUCAAAUGGGGUUUCAUCUAAGACAAAAGCUUAUACAAAAAUAAACAAGGAACGUGUUAAAUGAAAACUAACGACAACUUGUGAGAGUUAAUCGGAGUUUUGAUUCCUUAGUUAGCCAAUUAUUGCCAAAGUUAAAGUUGAAUAAUAUGUAUAUCUAAAUUAAUUACAUUUUUAUGGCUUAUUAGCACGCUUACCCCAGGACCGGGCCAGAGACAGGUCCUGGCUGUCGUUUGUUAGAUUUAUUCCCUCUGAUUUCUCCAAGGUUUUCCGUUAGAGCGCAUUAUAUAGACAUAUAUAUCUAUUUGUUAUUGAACGUAAAAAGGAUGAACAAGGAACUACAUCGAUUCGGUUGUGUUGUUGAUGCCACAAGUGGAAGGCAAUGGCUGCUAGUUUGAAUGGCUUACAUAAUAAUAAUUUUUUACAUUAUUUUAUGCAUUGAGAUCUAAUAGAAGAAAUGAAAAAAAAAAACCAAGAAAAACACACACAAAAAAAGCAAGACAUUUAUAGCUUUAUUUUUACUAUUAAAAUUAAUUAAUUAAUUUAUAAGAACUAAACAGAAAAUUAAUUCAGCAUGGACUUCACAUAGAAGAGAUCGUCAGGCAAACAAAAAGGC